AUGUGGGCGCCGGCGUUGUGGCUGGGCCUUCGGGCCCCGAUGGGCGGGCCCCGGGGCUUCACCUCCAAGACAGAUCCUCAGGGCAGUGGCCGAAUCACCGCCGAGGUGAUCGAGCACCUGGAGCGUCUAGCACUUGUGGACUUCGGCAGCCAUGAGGCAGCAGCGCGGCGGGAGAAAGCCAUCGCCUUCGCCGACCCGCUACCCGCAGUGGACACCGACGGAGUGGAGCCCAUGGAGUCGGUCCUGGAGGACAGAUGUCUAUACCUGAGAUCUGACAAUGUAGUAGAAGGCAACUGUGCUGAUGAAUUACUACAAAACUCCCAUCGUGUCGUGGAGGAGUACUUUGUGGCCCCUCCAGGUAAUAUCCCUUUGCCAAAGCUGGAUGAACAACAGCCAUUCCCACACAGCUGA